AAUAAAUAGUUUCGACAAACAAUUUAUUCGCUUACUUUCCUUUCUUCUCUUCCUUUUUCAUAGAGGUUUGGAUUAGACAAGAGUUCGCUACAACGACCCAAGCAUGUCAGCCUACUCAGAGAAGGAAGGCGUCACGACCAUAAAGCAGAAUGUCUUCGUUAUACCCGACCUCACGAUCAAGGACCUGUUAAGUGCCAUCCCUGCCCACUGCUUCAAGCGUUCAGCAUUACGGUCGUCACUAUACAUUGCGUGGGACGUAGCAGUGAUCUCAGGUAUCUACAAGGCCGCAACCUAUCUAGAUACCUUCAUCUCCCCAACGUACAUUUCCCUCCCUCACCCUGUGCUCUAUCCCGUUGCACGAUUCUCUCUUUGGGGGAUGUACACCUUCUGGACGGGUCUCUUUGCGACUGGCCUUUGGGUUAUUGCUCACGAGUGUGGACACCAAGCAUUUUCUGAGUCCAAGUUCAUCAACAACAGUGUUGGCUGGGUCCUCCAUUCUGCGCUUGGCGUACCAUACCAUUCGUGGAGGAUUAGCCAUGCGAAACACCAUGCUUCCACUGGCCAUAUGACCCAGGAUCAGGUCUUUGUCCCGAAGACACGUUCGCAACUUGGUUUGCCUGCAUUCGACCCGACGAAGGAGGAUAUCCUUGGUUCGAGCGUUUCGGUGGAAGUGAUGAAGGAGCUCCGGGAGGCGAUAGGUGACUCUCCCAUCGGCGCAACGCUUGGCGCUGCUACCUACCUGCUUGGCGGCUGGCCUGCAUACCUUCUCCGCAAUGCAUCUGGUCAGAAGCGGUACCCUAGUGGUACCAACCACUUCAACCCUGAUGCUGUGAUAUUCGCACCUCACCAGCGCGAGUCCAUCAUUCUGUCUGACAUUGGUAUCGUGUUCUGGCUCGCUGGCGUUGCUGGCUCCAUCUAUACAUAUGGGUUCUGGACCGUGUUCCGUAUCUACCUAGUGCCUUACCUGUGGGUCAACCACUGGCUCGUCCUCAUCACGUUCCUCCAACAUACGGACCCCAUCCUCCCCCACUACCGUGCCUCUGAGUUCACUUUCCCUCGUGGUGCCCUGUCUACUUUAGACCGCAACCUCCUCGGCGACUGUGGCUCGAUCAUGGGUUGGAUUGGUGCUCAUGCUACCAACGGUAUCUCUGAGACCCACGUCCUUCAUCACGUCUCCAGCAAGAUCCCUCACUACAACGCUUGGGAAGCCUCUGCCGCUCUUCGCAAGCGCCUCGAGCAAGCAGGUCUUAAGCUCGAGGGUGCUCCCGGUGGAUGGAAGGAAGUCUACAGGGUUUUCAAGCAGUGCAGGUUCGUUGAGGAUGAGGGCAACAUCGUUUUCUACAAGAAUGCCUCCGGUCUCGCCGCCACUCGCCCUGCGUUCACGGAUGGUAGCGCUAGUGACUCUGGUAUUGAGGUUGACAAAAUCUAGAUGCGCAAUCCUGCUGUCAUGGAGAUACCUGUAGAUUCCAGCUUGGCUAUUCCCUACAUUAUGAUCCGUAACAUAGAUGUCUUCACGGCUUUGAGGCAGGGAAGGUUUGGGUGACUAUUAUUAGAGUCCUAUGAUCUUGCAUAUCAUAAUUCUAAUGGGACAACAAAAUGAAUA